CUACAUUAUUUACAGGAAACAGCAGAGAUUAUUGCAUACUUUCAACAAACUUUUACAUAUUAAAAGUUUACAGUUAUCGGGUGACCAACCCCCUCCCUUCUUUGCCUCUCCACCGCCGCCCUGGGCGACUGCCAUCCAAAGUUCUGGAGCGUGUAAGCACCGAUGGUUUUUCAGAAAUGUUAGGGGCAAAAGGGCAACUUCGAGACAUACAGUCCCUGUUGGAGUUAAUUAAAGCUGCAGCCUGAGAUCACAUUUAGAUGGGUUGGAUCGUGCCAGCAGCAAUAGAGAGAGGGGCGUGUCUGCGCCUGGCCUGGAGGCACAUUAAUCGGUUCUGCUGGCGGAGCGGAGGACGGGAAAAACGCAGCGCUGCGGAGGGAGGGACGGAGGAAGAGAGAGCGAGAGAGAGAGACAGGGGAGGAGGAACUACUAGUGGGGAAAAAAAGUUAAAGUGAAAAUGGCUUCCUUGUCUUUAGAGUCUACAGAACAAUCUGAGAACAGCCCAGAGGAGCCAUCAGCAGCCGAGUCCAAAGAAGACAAAGAAACCGCCCGAGUUUCGGAACAUCUGCUCCAAAGUUUCCAGAAGUCGGCUCUGAGUUUCUCCACUGACCAGGUUUCGUGUCUGUGCGAGGCCCUGUUGCAAGCGGGUAAUGUGGAUCGCCUGUGGAGGUUUCUCUCCACCAUACCUCCUUCGUCCGAGCUGCUACGUGGCAACGAGACGUUGCUGAAGGCCCAGGCGCUGGUGGCCUUCCACCGGGAGGAGUUCAAGGAGCUGUACGCCAUCCUGGAGAGCUAUGACUUCCACCCGUCUAACCAUGGGUUCCUGCAGGACCUGUACCUCAAAGCCCGCUACAAGGAGGCGGAGAGGUCCCGGGGCCGCAGCCUGGGCGCCGUGGACAAGUACCGGCUCAGGAAGAAGUUCCCCCUGCCCAAAACCAUCUGGGACGGGGAAGAGACCGUGUACUGCUUCAAGGAAAAGUCCCGGAACGCUCUGAAGGAAUGUUACAAGAGCAACAGGUAUCCCACUCCGGACGAGAAGAAAAACCUGGCCAAAGUCACCGGACUGUCCCUCACACAGGUCAGCAACUGGUUCAAGAACCGCAGGCAGAGGGACAGGACCCCGUCCGGGACCCACAGCAAAAGUGAGUCUGAUGGGAACCACAGCACUGAAGACGAGGCGAGCGUCAUGGACGAAGCGGCGGACAAACCUGAGGAGACCGUCGGCUCCGGGGCUUCCAUCAUCUCCGUCUCGGCGGUGCCCUGCAGCGCCGGGAGCCAGCUCAUCCUCAACAGCUCCAGCGGCUUCCUCACAGCGCCGCAGCCUUUGCUGCUGAACGGAAACUCCCUGAUCUCCGGCGCCGGGGCUGGCGUCAUCAUCAACGGCCUGAGUCUGGGCGACUGCCAGACGGUCACGCUGAGUCCUGUCACCACCAGCUCUCCUUUGAUCCUGAACGGGGCUCAGGUCAUAGCCAAACCCGGGGUCGGCGCAGAGCAGCAGGAGGCGGUGGAGGCCAAGGCGGCGGUUCUGAGCAGCAACUUGCAAUCUUCCGAGGCCUCCGCCAUCGUUUCUCCUCCACUUCAAACCAAAGCAAAGAGCGGCAACAACAUGGAUUUUCACGUCCGCUGUGAAUCGGAAGGAGGCAGCCAGACGGUAUCCCCGUCCUCCUCGUCUUUAUCGCCCUCCCCGCCAGCUCUGUCUUCUCCCACCUGUCUUCCAUCUCUAGUCUUAACCCAGAACCCGCAACAUCAAGAGCCGCUCUCCCUCACAGCGCCUCUGUCUUCUGCAAGUGUAGCUAUUUCUAACUCUCCCAGUCAGCAGGGGGUUUCUCCCUCGUCGGUUUCUUCCAUCCACUCUGCCCCUCAUGUCAUCUCUUUGCCCCAAGUAGUGCCUUCCAUCCACUGUUCACCAGUCUCCCAUCUGGUCCAGGCGUCUUUAGGAUCCCAGUGCCCUCAGCUUGUCCCAGUAUCCCCACUCACCUCGCCGGCUCCAUCGUUCCAAAACCCUCCGACUCAAAACCUGGGUGGCAGACCACCGAAGCAGCAGAAAGAGCCCCCAACAACUGUAUCUGAAUCUGCUGCGACUGUGGUUUCGGUCUCAGAGCUAAGCAACGCUACCCUCCAGCAAAUAAACUCCACCCCCAGCAAAAUCCAGACUCCGCAGGUUCUCUCCGCGUCUUCCCCAACUCCAGUAGUGCCGGUGUCACAAGCCAAAGGCAGCAGCGCCUCUGCACAGUUAGUCUCUCUCUCCAUGCCUCAGCUGGUCCCCGUCUCCUCCAUCCAGACCUCCUCCAACGUCUCUUUCCCUCAGGUGGUGCCGGCCAGCCCGGCUCUCUCCAUCCCCUCGGCCGGGUUGCCUUUGCAGAUCCUGGCUUCAGCUCCCGGAUCCGGAGGGGCUCCGCAGACCCCGCUCCGGAUAAACCCGCUGAGUCCAAUUCAGAGAGUGGGGAACCCGAGCAGCGUGGCCCCCGCCGUGCAGCUCCUGAACCCUGGGAUCAUUCAGCUACCUUCCUCUCCAACAGGGAACCUCGUUCUUGGUGGAAGUCCUUAUCUGAGUGUCCAGCAGGGGAAGCUGAUUCUGACCAUCCCAGCAGGGAUCCAGCUCACCAGUUUACCCCUGAAACCAGUCCCAGACGCACCCACCAUCUCUGCCAACGGCGUGGCGGGGCUUCUUGGCCCCUCCGCGCCUCCCGUGGCCCACCAGCCUCCGUCCGCCCCCGGCUCGACCUCCGCCGGUCCGGCAGCUUCGCCCUUGAACUUCAUCAGCUCGUCCCCUCUGUACUGUGCUCCGGACUCCGCCGUCGCCACCAGCCAGGCGCUCGCGGACCAGCCCGUCACCAUGACGACACAGAGCUCGCUCACUCCGGAGAGCCUGCUGGCCCUCGGCCCCAUGUACAGCGGCGUGGCGCCGAGCCUCCAGCUGUCCCAGCCGGCGUGGAGCCCCGUGUCGCUCUCCACCUCGGCCAGCCUGACGCUGUUUGACAUGCGGGGGAAGGGCGAGCUGCCCGUAGACCUCGGCCUGCCCGGCGGCGAGUCGCUCCUGCUGGGGAGCCCCUCGCAGGGGCAGGACGAGGACGCCAGGUCUCCCCUGGGGGACCCAGAGGAGAUGGACGGGGACCCCAAGAUCCUCACUCAGCUCCAGUCGGUCCCCGUGGAUGAAGACCUGGGUUUGUAGUCUCCUAAAACUGUACGCUGGCGACGAUGAUCCUCUGAAAGACUUUAGUUUCUCCUCAUGACCCGACAUGUUACCUUCACACUCUUUAAACAUAUUAAUUAGGUAUUUAAACGCUUUAAUGCCUUCACAGUCCUGACUGGCACUUUUGAGAGAAGUUUUUGCAGUUUUGUUUUGCGGUGUUUGGCAGCUCCAGUCAGAACCUUGCAUACGCUUUUCAUGGAUAUCAAUGUCACGCUGGUUUGGGGCAUUUAAAGAUUUAUUCUUUACCAUCCUUCUUACAGGAUGUAAUGAUUUAUACUAGGGUCGUCAAUGUUACAUAAUGCAUAUUAAUCUCAUUACCUAUUUUGACCUAAAAGCGUCACUACAGAAAAGUGAAUGGAUCCACUUUAAAUAAAUAUAAAUAUAGAAAAUAUUUUCUUUUCUUUCUACCAGCAUAUUUGUUCUAAAACCUUUAGAUGGAUAUAAAAUCAAGUUUGUUUGUUUGUUUUUUUAAACCAUAAAAUGAAUUCUUGAUUCUAGACAUAAACUGAUUGUCCCCCCUUUUUUUUAAAGGGUUUAGCUUUAGACGAAUUUUCUUUUUAAUGAGGCUGAAAGUGAGAAUUUCUACUUGGAGAGUAAAUGUUUCUCAGCCCUAAGAUGAGGAGUUAACAGCUAGACCCUACAACAAACCCAAACACAUGGAAACUGAGGUUAAAAGAACAAAACCGGCUAACGUUUGGCUUCAGGAAUGCCUUGACCUCAACUAUGCUCAAAAUUUGUGGAAUAUUCAUAAAGGCUUGGCGAGAUCCAGAGGAAAACAACUUAAAUGUGGUUUACCAGGAAGGUUUGUCAAGCAUCCAUGAAUAUAUCUCCUCACCCAGUUUUAUUUUGUAUGCAAAGCUCUCCUGUAGUCAGAAAAAUAAGCAAUGAGUCAGAUACAUCUUUAGAUAAAAAAAAAAAAAAGAAAAUAAAUGACAUCGACAUCCAUGAUGAGUGUAAACGUGCCUGGAAAUGCUUCAUUUUGAGGUUUUACCUCUAGAUUUUAAGGGAAUUUUCUGCCGUUUUUACCCACUUUUUUUUUUUUUUACCUUGAGAGAGGAGCUAAGCUGGAUGACAUUUUGAGAAAAUUCAACAGUACAUUUUCCUGGAGUUUUUCCUUGAGGUGCCACCAAAAGAGAGGAGAUCUGGUAAAGUGAAAACACUUGUACAUUUCUCAGUGAGAGCUUCUGGACUUUGACUCUUCUUACGCUACCAACACUCCACAAUGAAGAGCAUAAAAACCUUCAUGCUCUUUAUUUUUGCCUCCUAGUUGCAAGGGAAACACAACAGUAUUUCACAGACAUGAACCAGUUACUGAAGUCUGGCCAAGCAGGCAGAUUUGUUGCAUUUAAUGUUGUUUAAAGUUGGUUUUUUUGUUUGGUUUUUUUUUUUGUUGCAGUUUUUGAAUUGUGUGAUUGAAAUGAUGAUGAUAAUAAUGAUACAGGAGUUGAAAAGGUUAUAACUCUAUGCAAUAUAUGUGUAGCUCUUUAUAGGACACUACGUCUCACAACGCUUGGGAGAUGAAAUGAAGCGUUGACGUGCAUUACACUAAAGCGUUUUGCUCUGAUUGUGAUGUUUCUCAUCAAAUGCAGCCAAAGUCUCAGUACAAUGAUGCUGAUAAGUGCCUUAUUUUAAACCGUUUUUUGUUGUUGUUUUUAAAAAAAAAAAUGUAUUCUUGUUUUGUGUUUGUUACGCCGUUUUGUAUGACUUGUAUGUUGCUGACCAGAUUUUUGGACUUUAAAGAAUGCCCACAUUUCUACGUCAGUUUGACCCUCUGUGAAUUGCUGUGAUACUUUAUUUGCAUGGUCGUUGCUCCAUCUCAUUUAUUUUAUUUUUUUUUUUUUUAAAUCGUUGUAUAUUUUGCACAUUUCAUUGGCAUUCUGUUUACGUUAACGCUCGCGUUCUGUCGUGAUCGCGGUGGGACUCAUUUGUUCGGGACGCUCCGGGUCCUUUGGAUUUAAACGCUAAACCAAACAGGCCGCCUGCGGCCGCAACGCAGGCAGCCGUCAAGCUUUUUUGCUCGUUUAUGGUACAUCAAUGUGCAGUGGAUGUCAGAAGUGGACACGCCCCUGUUAAAACGGCAGGUUUUUGUGACUUAAAGCUGCAGUAUGUACAUUUUUAUUUUUAAAAAAUAUGUUGUUUUUUUUUUUUAGAUAUUUGUUAAAACUGUCACCAUCUCAACAGAUAACGAGACAGAAAUUCAUUGGAGAAAAGUCUAGCUCCCCCACCUCGUCCCAGUGCUACUAUUGGUAAAACGUUUAGGAUUUAGUUUCCAAACUUUAAUUUUCCUCUCAUGAGGUAAUUCUUGUCUGGGUUUGGAGGAAUGCUUGCACGUUCUCAGUUGCUAAAAACUAAAACUCCAUCUUCAGAUUUC